AUGGCAGGAUACCAGCUCUUUUCACCGUGGACCCCACUGGACGAGAAUUUGCAAUGGCUGCGGCACACAACACCUACCAUUUCGUCCAAACACCCUUUUAGGAAUUCUCCUUUCUUCCCACAGACCCCUUCUGACCUUGAAAUCCAAAGGUGCUUUCAUGAAGUUGCUGUUAUCUUAGACAGCCGACGGGUGGUUCAAGCAGGGAGCCCACAGUCACCUGGCCUACCAUCAGGGCACGAGACCACCAUCAAGAAGAAAGUACUGAUUAAGAGGCCCAUGCCGAUCUGCCUCGUUGGAGUGGAUUCUGUCUUUGGCAGGUCUAUUACAGUCCAGCCACCUAAGUGGACUGGAACCUUCAGGGUUUCAGACACAUCGGCCUUCUCUAAAGUUGUCAGCAAGGAGCAACAAUGGCCCACAGGACUCAAGGAGCCUCAGAUUGAGAUGACCGUGGCUAUGUGCAAGCAGAUGCUACGCUCGAUCCUCCUCCUGUAUGCGAUAUACAAAAAGUGCAUCUUCGCCCUGCAGCACUCCCAGUAA